CCUCCCCUAUGUGAUAGUCUACCUUACUGAUUGCGUUAAUCCCUACAAUGUCAAGAGAUCAACUGUAAAAUUUGGACUGUGUUGUCAAUGAAUUGAAUACUUGCUAUAAUAUUUGAAUGAAUCAACUGUUAUGCUAUUAUUAUAUAUAACUAUUUAGUUAAAUUAGAUUUAUAGUGGUAUAUGAGCAUUUGAAAGUGAUAAAUACUCUAGCCUGUUAAUUAUUGUUUAUUAAAGCACUAGUUUUAGAAAUUUGAUAUUGUGUUAGUAAUAGAAAGUAUUAAUGAUUAUAAUACUAGAAGGAUAACAAAUCUUACAGGAGUGGUGAAAGAAAAGAUAAAGAUUGUAUAUAAGUGGGAGGGCUGGUGGAUGUUACUCUGAAAAAUGACAAGCAUCCCCAACUUAACAAGAGUUGGGAUUGGAAGAAAGCAGAUAAUUCAAACAGCCUCAGCAGAUCUAAGCCCAACAGGGCAAAGCUCAAUAGAAGAAAUGAUGCCAAGGGAAAGAGCAGGCUCACUUAAAGAUCUACAAUCAAUGUUACAAUCUAUGUAAGAGGUCAUGUUGAGAAACCAUGAAGACUUGAAAAAAGAGAUAGGCAAAAUAAGGAAUGACACCGGAGAACUUAAAGAGAAGAUGGGAGCAAUGGAUGGGAAAUUUGAAUGCUUCCAACAACAAAUACUGAAAAAUGAGCAAAAACUAUUAAAAAUGGAAGAUAGAAUAAAUAAGGAGGAAAGUAGAUGAAAUGAAUGAAAGACUCUUACAAGCAAAUAAAGAAUUGGAAAAAACUGUCAUUUUGCUAGAGACAGAAAAAGCAGAUCACUAUCUACAUUUUCAGAACGUGAAGGAAGAGAAAGGGGAGGAUCUCCCAGAAAUGAUAACUGAACUGUUAGCGAGAGCCUUAGGAAUCGAGAAAGAAGACAUGGCAAAUGAGAUAGAUGAAAUAUAUAGAAUACACACAAAUUAUGCAAGAAGAAACAACUUAUCCAAGGAAGUGCAUAUCUAAUUUGUCAAGAAUUCAGUUAGAGAUGAGAUCUUGCACAGAGAUGUUCCAAUAGAAUAUAAAGGAAAACAACUAACAGUUCUUAAUCAGGUCUCCAGGAGAAUAAGAGAUCUUAGAAGACUUUAUCAACAUAUCACAUCAAAACUAAUAAGACGGAAUAUUAAUUUUAGGUGGUUGAUGCUGGAAGGGAUCCUGGUGACUUGGCAAGAAAAAAAGGCACAGGCUGGAUAUGAUAAAUAAAGCAGAAGAAUUCUCUCAGCAAUAUCUAAGUAAUGAAGAUGAAUUAGAAGAAAGAGAACUAAGAGAAGAAGAGAUUACAGAGAGAUAUAGUAGAAAGGCACGAGAAAUACAAAGCAAAGAACCGGAAACUAGGAGAAAAGAACAAAUGAAUGAUGGCAACAAUGAUGAAAGUAGACAUAAAGAAUUUAAAGAAGAUAGGCCGACGAGAACAACCAGAUCAAAAUAUAGGCAGUAAUGUGGAAGAACUAACAGUAUUAUCAUUAAAUGUAAAUGGCUUAAAUUCCCCAGCCAAAAGAAAUAAAAUUUUGAAUAGGCUCAGUAAGAAAAAAUUAGAUAUAAUAAUUUUAAAAGAAACUCACAUCAAGAAUCAGCACCAAGACCUAUUAAACCACCCCAAGCUAGGAAUUAAAUUUGUAUCUCUCUCUCACAGCAGAAAAAAGGAAGAAUAGUGAUAUAUGUCAAGGUAAUUACAUAUAAAAACAUUCUUGAUGAGACUGGAGAAUUGAAAACAAGAGGGGAACUAUUAGAAGAUGGCAUAGAGUUGGAAUGGUGGGCAUACUUGCAAAUACAGUCACGAUAUAGAAAAGAUAAAAAAAAAAAACCUGGGAUUAAACUAGAAUAUACAGAACUAGACAAAAUUCUGCUAGGAACUGAAGACAAAAUGAUAAAAAAGAUUUACCAAUAUUUAUUAGAACAAAGUAUGCCAGCAGAACAGGUAAAAGAUACAAUGUUAACUUGGAAUAAAAACUUCGGCUAUAAUAUCGAGUUAGAUUAUUGGCAACUACUAUGGGACAGGAAUAGGAGAUUAACAUUAGCUACUACUUACAAAGAAAAUUUAUACAAGAUGUUUUAUAGGUGGCACCUCUCCCCUACAAGGCUAGCAAAAAUAGGCAAAAAAUCUUCACCAUUAUGUUGAAAAUGUAAGAAAAUACCAGGGACUUACUAUCAUAUGUGAUGGGAAUGCUCAGAAGCUCGAAAACUUUGGCACUUGAUAAAAAAUUGGUUAGAAGAGAUACUAUCAUUAAAAACUGAAAUAAAAACCAGAACUCUUUUUAUUAGGGAUCACUAUGGAUAAAUUUAUAUUUAAUUCUGCACAUUUUAACUGCAGCAAGAUUAACAUAUGCUCAAAAUUGGAAAAGAAAAAAAACGCCCCCUGAAGAAGAAAUACUGAACAAAAUUCUAUCCUGUGCGGAAAUGGACAGACUGACAUUAGAACUCAAAUAUAAAACAGAAACAGAGUACUUUGAAAUUUGGAAUAAAGUGUAUAAUUGGUUGGAUUUAAAGAGGUAUGCUGGGACAAAGGCUGAUGAUUAAGUAGAUAACUAGAAAUUCUUAUUUUAAUAUUUGUUAUAUCAGAUAGAACUAAAAGUUAUUUAACUAGGAUGUACUUUAUUAAAAGAAUGUGCACUGUGUAACAAUGUAAUAACUUAAUGUAAGGUAAUAUUAAUAGUAUUGUUUAAACAGGGAAGUUGUAUCAUGUCCAAUGUGUCUUUUUUGUCUUUAAUUGUAUUAUGUUUAAUGUGUCUUUUGUGUUUUUUAAUUGUAUAUUCAAUAAAAUUUUGUAAAAAGAAAUUAGAUUUUCUAGGUCCCACUGGAUCUCAGGGAAGAUUCCAUUAUCUACAUCUGAGGAAAAUGAGCAGUAAAAAAUAGUGUGUGUGUGAGUGCACACAUGCAUGUGUGUGUGUAUACCAAUUUGCAUAAUCAGUGCAAAGAAAAUAUGGAUAUGCAAAAUGCACCUUUUAUGUGUUCUAGCACAUACUUACAACCAAAGCUCACUGAACAUAAUAAAUGUGGAUAAUUCUUUGUUUUGAGAAAUUGUGAGAGACAUCUGCGGUAUUUUAAAUUUGUUACUGUAGAUCAUAUCUUUUCUAUAAAAUAGAUAGCUCUUCCUUUAGGCAUAAAAAUAAAAAUAAAAAGUAGAACUGAUCUUGGCUUGAUACUGUUAACUGAUUUUUUAUGCUGUUAUUAUACAUUCACAUUCAUUUAUACCCAUAUCCUCUCUUUCUAUUUUUCUCUUAAGCUCCAUUAAGGAAAGCCAAAUUUGUUGAGAGCCCUCGAAUUCCAGAAUCUGAGCUUGGCUCACCAGCACUCAAUUCAACACCAAAACUGGAUCUUGAUGCCUACUGUCCUGGUGAAACUGAACAGGAACUGGGACCUCCUCCCUCUGUAGAUGAGGCAGCAAACACACUCAUGACUCGUCUGGGCUUCCUCCUGGGAGAAAAAGUCACUGAGCUACAGGCAGGGAAUCAGUAUAACAUGGAAGAGCAGGAAGACAAUCAGACUUCAGCAGUGUCCCAGCGAAUAAGUCCCUGUUCCACAUUGACCAGCAGUACUGCUUCACCACCUGCCAGUAGCCCUUGUUCCACUCUCCCUCAAACUAGCGCUAAGGAUGUUAUAGCAAAGGACUGCAAUUACGGAGCUGUCACAAGUCCUACAUCUACUCUUGAAAGCAGGGAUAGUGGCAUCAUAGCAACAUUGACAAGUUAUUCUGAAAAUGUGGAUCGUGCUAAGUACGGAGGGGAAAGCAGCAAGGAAUUAGGAUCUGGAGGAAACCUGAAGCCUUGGCAAUCUCAAAAAUCCAGUAUAGAUUCCUGUUUAUAUAGAGUGGAUGAAAACAUGACAGCUUCUACGUACAGUUUGAAUAAGAUCCCUGACCGGAAUCUAGAGACUGUUUUAUCCCAGUCAGUACAAUCCAUUCCACUUUAUCUCAUGCCACGGCCCAAUUCUGUAGCAGCCACCAGCUCAGCCCACUUGGAAGAUCUAGCUUACUUAGAUGAACAGAGGCAUGCUCCUCUGCGAACAUCUCUCAGGAUGCCUCGUCAGAGUAUGGCUGGUACUCGCACACAACAGGAUCUAAGAGUUCGUUUUGCGCCUUAUAGACCUCCUGACAUCUCUUUGAAACCACUGCUUUUUGAGGUACCUAGCAUCACCACAGAGUCCGUGUUUGUUGGCCGGGAUUGGGUGUUCCAGGAGAUUGAUAUGCAUUUACAGAGUACUGAUGCCAAUGUGAACAGAGGUGUGGUGAUAGUUGGAAAUAUUGGCUUUGGCAAGACAGCAAUCAUUUCUAGACUGGUUGCACUGAGCUGUCAUGGCACACGUAUGAGGCAGAUUGCUUCGGACAGCCCCCAUGCAUCCCCAAAACAUGUUGAUGCAAAUCGAGAACUUCCCCUUACCCAGCAACCCUCUGCUCACCCCUCUAUUACCAGUGGGAGUUGCCCUGGAACUCCAGAAAUGCGCAGACGCCAAGAAGAAGCUAUGCGAAGACUUGCUGCUCAGGUUGUUGCAUAUCAUUAUUGCCAAGCUGAUAAUGCCUACACCUGUCUGGUGCCAGAAUUUGUACACAAUGUAGCAGCCUUGCUCUGCCGUUCUCCCCAGUUUGUUGCGUACAGAGAGCAACUGUUGCGUGAACCACAUCUGCAAAGCAUGCUUAGCUUGCGAUCCUGUGUUCAAGAUCCUCUUGCAUCUUUUCGGAGGGGAGUCCUAGAACCCUUGGAAAGCCUUCAUAAAGAACGGAAGAUCCCAAAUGAAGAUUUCAUCAUAUUGAUUGAUGGCUUAAAUGAAGCAGAAUUUCACAAACCAGACUAUGGGGAUACGAUUGUAUCGUUUCUCAGCAAAACCAUUGGAAAGUUUCCAUCCUGGCUGAAGCUAAUUGUAACAGUUAGAACCAGUCUACAGGUAUAUAUAAGCUAUGCCAUAUAUGAUCAUUAAUGUGAUGAGUAUCUAUUUGUGGAGGGGGAGAAUUUAUGCCCAUUUUCAUGGUAAGUAUGUGCCUGGGUCAGGAGGUAUGUAAAAUAUAAAAAUAACAUUAUGAUCCUUUAUGUAAAUUAUGUAUAUGGGUCAAUAUAAAAGAGAAAAAAGUGACAUUGCCAUAGGUGUAUAUUACAGGCCAUCCAACAA